AUGUUCAAGAGAACACGUAAUGGGGCACCUCCUCUUCCACCUGGCCCACGAGGCCUACCGCUGAUUGGCAGCCUCCCAUACCUAGGUCCCAAUCCACACCGUUACUUCUCCAAAUUAGCCCAGACCUACGGCCCAAUCAUGAAGUUAAAGCUAGGCAGCAAGCUAUGUAUCAUAAUAACCUCACCAAACCUAGUUAAAGAAGUCCUCAGGUGCCACGACGCAAUCUUCGCCAACCGCGACGUACCAGCCGCAAUACAGGCACUUUCAUACGAUGGGAAUGACAUGGCAUUUAGUCCCUACGGCCCAAAAUGGCGGAUGAUGCGAAAGGUGUGCUCACGAGAGUUGAUGCAUCCCACAGUGCUUGAUUUCUACUAUAGCCUACGUAGAUGUCAGGUGCACCAGAUGGUUUGCUAUGUGCGCACCCAAGUCGGUACGCCGGUUGAUAUAGGCAAGCUAGGGUUUCAGACGGCUCUCAAUAUGGUCACGUGCAUGAUAUGGGGUGGUACGCUUGAUGGGGAGGACAUGAUUCGUGUGGGCCACGAGAUUCGACAUUUGACAAAAGAGAUGAACGAGUUAUUGGCUACGCCUAAUGUGUCAGAUCUUUUUCCUAUAAUAUCAAGGUUUGAUGUACAAGGCAUAGUGGGCCACAUGAAGAGGCUUUGGUACCGGUCGGAUCAGAUCUUUGAAUCAAUCAUAGAUCAACGGUUGAAAAUGGACAGAGGGGAAGGAGGGAAGGAAAGCAAGGACUUUUUGCAGUUGCUUUUGAAGCUCAAGGAGGAAGGAGUAGACCCUAAAACGCCCUUGAAUCUGACCCACAUCAAGGCCAUGUUUAUGGACAUGAUGGGAGGUGGCACAGACACCACGUCGUCGAUAGUAGAGUGGGCCAUGGCUGAGAUGAUGCAGAAUCCAGAGAUAAUGAGAAAAGCCCAAGAGGAAUUAGAACAAGUGGUGGGGAUGGACAAUAUGGUUGAAGAGUCACAUAUGUCCAAACUACCUUAUUUGGAGGCUGUCCUGAAGGAAGUCCUACGUUUACAUCCUCCAGUCCCGUUCUUGAUCCCCAGGUCUCCAAGCCAAACAUGCACUGUCGGUGGUUAUACAGUCCCAAAGGGCACCCAGAUGAUAAUUAACAUAUGGGCUAUACAUAGGGAUCCUGAAGCUUGGGACAACCCCUUGGAGUUUUGCCCUGAGAGGUUCUAUAAUUCCACAAGCAAAUGGGAUUACCGUGGUAAUGAUUUCCGUUACAUUCCGUUCGGUUCAGGAAGGAGGAUGUGUGUAGGAAUCUCCAUGGCUGAAAGGAUGCUAACUUAUGUUUUAGCUUCGCUCUUGCAUUCUUUUGAUUGGCGAUUGCCAGAUGAUGCGAAGCUCAAUCUUUCAGAUAAGUUUAGAGUUUUUCUGAAGAAAGAGACACCGCUUGUCGUCAUUCCUACACCGAGAUUGGCAAAUCCAGAGUUCUACUAUUGA